AUGGUUCAUGCUUUUAAUGGCGUGAAUAUUCAAGAUCAGCUAAGGAGACGAAGAAUUGUGGAAGUUGAAAUGUCUUCUGAUGAAAGUGGAGGUUCUUCUCAUGGAUCUGAUGUUGAUCAUAGUAUUAUGAUGGAAUGUGGCGGAAGGAGAAGAGAUAAUCAUCCACAAUCACAACAGCCUCAUCGUAAUCUGAAUUCAGAUGACUUUCUCGAUUGGUUGAGAUCUAUGGAGAUAGCGUUUGAAUACAACACUUACGACGAUGAGAAAAAUUUUAAGGUGGCUACGUUGAGAUUGAAAGUGCCACAGGAAAUGACCAUUGUGCGUUUUGUGCAUGGUUUGAAUGAGGAGAUUGCAUCUAAGGUGGAGUUGCAACCAUUCUGGACUCUUGAUGAUGUUAAAAAGCUUGCUAUCAAGGUGGAGAAGCAGAAUAAAGCGGGAAAGAAACCAUACACCAGGUGGCUGUUAAAGGGAAGAUGA